GUGAUUGGCUGGUAGAAGUUACCCGGAUGAAGUGAGUCUAUAAAUGUAGGACGGAGCCAGAGCGGGUCGAGUGGCUUUUAGCAGAGGCUAACGGAGCUAGCUACAGAUCCAGUGUUCGGUACCGCGGUGUUUGGGGACAUUUGUGGAAAAAUCUAAAAUGGCUGGCGGGAAGGCUGGGAAGGACUCCGGAAAGACCAAGACAAAGGCUAUUUCGCGCUCACAGAGAGCUGGGCUGCAGUUCCCAGUGGGUCGUAUCCACAGACACCUGAAGUCCAGAACCACCAGCCACGGGAGAGUGGGCGCCACAGCAGCCGUGUACAGCGCGGCUAUUCUCGAGUACCUGACCGCUGAGGUCUUGGAGUUGGCAGGAAAUGCUUCAAAGGACCUGAAAGUGAAGCGAAUCACCCCACGCCACUUGCAGCUCGCCAUCAGAGGAGACGAGGAGCUGGAUUCUCUCAUCAAGGCCACAAUUGCUGGUGGAGGUGUGAUUCCACACAUCCACAAGUCUCUAAUUGGAAAGAAGGGCCAGCAGAAGACCGUAUAACCGUCCGGGAGGGGCUCUGGAUGCUGUGCCGUCUCAGGAUUGAAGUCUGCAUCUGAAGUGAUUAAAUGUCAUGGUUCCAAACAUUACAUUUUUAUGGUUAAGCUUGCAUUUAUUCACCUGGGUUUCUAUUUGUUUUGUUUUUUCUCUCCGAGUGGCUUCAAAGAAGCUCUUUUCUCCCACUCUGUUUUCCUGGUGCUGCAGUUUGUUAUCCAUGCUGUAAAGCAUUCCCAUGUUUAGUGGUGUUUUAAUAAAGCCCUUGUUGGGCA